GCUGUGUUGCAACGGCUCAGCUUCUCUUGGAGAGUGUACUUUGAUCAAUCAGACUGUGUGUGCGUGUGAGUGUGUGCGUGUGAGUGUGUGCGUGUGAGUGUGUGCAUGCUUAUUGACUCGGUCUCUCCCUGUUUGUCUCGACCAGUCUGUCCGUGCUGCCUUGGGAGCCAACAGGAGUAAGGCCCUGAGCCAACAGGAGUAAGGCCCCGAGCCUGGUGUGACAUGGCAGCGAAAUGCGGAGCGUGCGGUCCUGGAUACAGAUCCCCCCGGGAUGCUAUGCAAGGCAAUAAGGAGGAGAUAGUCUAUGUGCCCUGCAUCUACAGGAAUACAGCCAUUUGCAAACCGGACUACCUAGCCACAAUCGAUGUUAACCCCAAGUCGCAAACCUAUUGCCAGGUGGUGCACCGGCUGUCGAUGCCAAACCUUCGGGAUGAGCUGCACCAUUCCGGCUGGAACUCCUGCAGCAGCUGCUACGGGGACCCUUCCAAACAGCGGAAUCGGCUGAUCCUGCCCUCGCUGAUCUCCUCCAGGAUCUACGUGAUCGACGUGGAGACGGAUCCCCGAGCCCCCCGGCUGUUUAAGGUUGUGGAGCCGAGGGAUCUCUCUGAGAAAUGUAACUUGGCUAAUCCACACACCUCUCACUGCCUGGCCAAUGGCGAGGUGAUGAUCAGCACCAUGGGGGAUCCCAACGGAAAUGGCAAAGGUGGUUUUGUCCUGCUGGAUGGAGAGACGUUCGAAGUGAAGGGCAACUGGGAGCAGGAUGGGCACGCUGCCCCCUUUGGCUAUGACUUUUGGUACCAGCCUCGACACAAUGUGAUGAUUAGCACAGAGUGGGGAGCACCGAAAGCUCUGAUUGAUGGCUUCAAGAUCGAAGAUGUGCAGGCCGGACUCUAUGGUCACUGUCUCCAUGUCUGGGAUUGGGCCAAGCACACCAGGGUGCAGACUAUUGACCUUGGGCAAGAGGGUGCGAUCCCCCUGGAGAUCCGCUUCCUCCACAAUCCGGCUGCAGCAGAGGGGCUGGUUGGCUGUGCCCUGAACAGCUCUGUGUUUCGCUUCUACAAGACAGAGCAGGGAGACUGGGCAGCGGAGAAAGUGAUCACUGUGCCCAGUAAGCGGGUACAGGGUUGGAUCCUGCCAGAAAUGCCAGGCCUCAUCACGGAUAUCCUCAUAUCCCUGGACGAUCGCUUCCUGUACUUCAGUAACUGGUUGCACGGAGAUAUCCGCCAGUACGACAUCUCGGAUACUCGGAACCCCCGGAUGGUGGGUCAGAUUUUUAUUGGCGGUUGCAUCUUGAAGGGAGGGCCUGUGACGGUUCUGGAAGACAAGGAGAUGAAGAGUCAGCCUGAGGCCUGCAUCGUACAGGGCACACGGAUUUGGGGAGGACCCCAGAUGAUCCAGUUGAGUUUGGAUGGGAAGCGUCUCUAUGUGACCACGUCGCUGUACAGUGGGUGGGACAAACAGUUCUAUCCUGACCUCCUCAGGGAAGGGUCGGCCAUGCUGCGUGUGGAUGUGGAUACAGAGAAGGGAGGCCUGAAAAUCGACGAGAGCUUCUUGGUGAAUUUCGGGAAGGAGCCGGAUGGACCCUCCCUCGCCCACGAGGUGCGGUACCCCGGGGGUGACUGCAGUUCCGACAUUUGGCUGUAGGGGAGCGCCCUUGAGCCGCGGCCAAGAAACCAUUGGGGGUUGCCAUCUUGGGGGAGGGGGGACUGGCAUCCAUUUUGUGUGACACCACAACCAUGCAGUGGGCGUUCCAAUGGAAGGUUUAUUCUUGAAAAUCAAUAAUCUCCCUUCUUCAGUUAGCAAGAGUUGAUGUUAGAGACAGUAGGAACUGCAGAUGCUGGAGAAUCUGAGAUAACACCGUCUGGAGCUGGAUCAACACAGCAGGCCAAGCAGCAUCAGAGGAUCAGGAAGGCUGACGUUUCGGGCCUGGACCCUCCUUCAGAAAGUGAAGAAGGGUCUCAGCCGAAACGUCGGCUUUCCUGCUCCUCUGAUACUGCCCGGCCUGCUGUGUUCAUCUAGAUGUUAGAGAUGACUUGAAGGAUCAUUUGCUAGGCGCCUCUUCGGCUUUCCUUCUUUCCUGGGAGCUGGCCUAUCCCUAAUUGCCCCUUGAGAAAGUGACGGAGCCCCGUCUUCCGUGAGGGCAGAGGAAAUGGGAGCAGAGGGAUGUUCGGCUUCUCGGCGUUUCCCGUGCUGUCCUGGGCCCGUCCUCUCCACCUCCCGCCCCGCACCCCUCAAGUUUCCUAACCAAACCAAAAUAACCCACGAGAUUUAGGUCUCCGUGAGGAGACGGUUUCUCAGAUCACCACGCCGAUGGCAUUGAGGGCGAAAUCUCCUCUCCAACCCUCUCUCAACCAUCUUGGAGGUGAGGGUGCAGGGAGAGUGUUGCAGUGUUGCAAAGGUCAACUCACCCAAUGUAGAGGAAGCCACACCGGGUACAGUGGAUGCAGUAUACCACAUUGGCAGAUGUGCAGGUGAACCUCUGCUUAAUGUGGAAAGUCAUCUUGGGGCCUGGGAUAGGGGUGAGGGAGGAGAUGUGGGGGCAAGUGUAGCAUUUCCUGCGGUUGCAGGGGAAGGUGCCGGGUGUGGUGGGGUUGGAGGGCAGUGUGGAGUGAACAAGGGAGUCACGGAGAGAGUGGUCUCUUAUCUCCUACCUACUAACCUCAUCCCACCUCCUUGACCUGUCCGUCUUCCCUGGACUGACCUAUCCCCUCCCUACCUCCCCACCUAUACUCUCUCCACCUAUCUUCUUUUCUCUCCAUCUUCGGUCCGCCUCCCCCUCUCUCCCUAUUUAUUCCAGAACCCUCACCCCAUCCCCCUCUCUGAUGAAGCGUCUAGGCCCGAAACGUCAGCUUUUGUGCUCCUGAGAUGCUGCUGGGCCUGCUGUGUCCAUCCAGCCUCACAUUUUAUUAUCUUGGAUUCUCCAGCAUCUGCAGUUCCCAUUAUCACUAACACAAAUCCUUUAGAGUUGUAUUCAGCUCCUCAAGCAGGUCGCGCCCUCACCCCGGGCCAAACUUCAAACUCAUGAACACAAGCAAAGCUGUGAUCUCCUCAGUUCUCGGAAUUUAACUACUUUUUUGUUUCGAUCUUUCGUCGAGACACAAUACACCUUUUGGGAUGAAGAUUUUGCCUGCCUUUUUACUGUCCUGCGAGUGCGUUCAACUUGUACUUUUGAAGGAUGUUCUCUGCAGAGAGUUUUCUCUGAGUUUGCAAUGAUUUCCCCUUUCAGGAGAUUUCGCUCAACGUACUGAUUCUCUCAAUGAUAUUGUGAUUUUUCGCUCAUAUUGUAGAGAUUUCAAAUCUCGUCGGGUCUGUUGGAAUUCAAUUAAUCAGAGUCUGGAAAUUAAAAAAAACAAUAUUGCUGGCUG